AGGGGAGCGCGGGAGGAGGCGGUGCGCUCGGCGCUUCCUGUUCCGGCGCCAGGAGGAGCCGCGCGCUAGUGGUGCUGCAGCUGCCGCCGCCGCUGCCGUCAGUCAGCCUGCGCCCGAUUCUUCUGCGCCUCGUUGCUGGGACCGAUCGCCGCUUCUAGACCCUGCUGCGGGCUUGGAUCUUACUGGGAAAAUGUCUGAUGAAUUUUCGUUGGCAGAUGCACUACCUGAACAGUCCCCUGCCAAAACUCCUGCUGUGAGCAAUACGAAACCUGGCCAACCUCCUCAAGGCUGGCCAGGUUCCAACCCUUGGAAUAACCCAAGUGCUCCACCUUCUGUGCCAUCUGGACUCCCACCAAGUGCAACACCCUCCACUGUGCCUUUUGGACCAGCACCAACAGGAAUGUAUCCUUCUGUGCCUCCCACCGGACCACCUCCAGGACCCCCAGCACCCUUUCCUCCUUCUGGACCAUCAUGCCCUCCACCUGGUGGUCCUUAUCCAGCCCCACCUGUGCCAGGUCCUGGCCCCACAGGCCCAUAUCCUACACCAAAUAUGCCCUUUCCAGAGCUACCUAGACCAUAUGGUGCACCCACAGAUCCAGCUGCAGCUGGUCCUUUAGGUCCAUGGGGAUCCAUGUCUUCUGGACCUUGGGCACCAGGAAUGGGAGGGCAGUAUCCUACCCCUAAUAUGCCAUAUCCAUCUCCAGGGCCAUAUCCUGCUCCUCCUCCCCAAGCACCAGGGGCAGCACCACCUGUUCCAUGGGGCACUGUUCCACCAGGAGCCUGGGGACCACCAGCACCGUAUCCUGCCCCUGCGGGAUCAUAUCCCACACCAGGACUCUAUCCUACUCCCAGUAAUCCUUUUCAAGUGCCUUCAGGAUCUUCUGGUGCUCCACCGAUGCCUGGUGGCCCACAUUCUUACCAUUAAGUUAACAAUGGAUGAAGAGAUGACGCUUUGCUUUUUGAAGUACAUAUAUAUGCACAUGAAUGCAUAUAUAAAAAUUGCUGGUUUCACUAUUCUUAGAGGGCAUUCAUGAAAGAACAACUCUUGCACCUCUCAGAGAAGAUAACUGCCUCUUGUACUUGGAUGUGUAGUACAUCAGAUGGAUACAAUCAGAUAAAAACAGAAGUAAAUCAUUCAGAUGUGAUUUUUAUUUGGUUUUCAUGGAAAGUUAAAGUGAUUAAGUAUACUGAAUAGCUCUUUGAUUAACAAUUUGUUUAAGUUAUGAAACUACACUUAAAAGUCUAAGAUUAUGUGUUAGGAUCUGCAACUUCAUUGACAAAUUAGUUCAAGUAUUUUUCUAUAGUCACUUCCCCCCCUAAAUAAAUUUUGAAAAUAAUCACAUUAUAAUCUAAACAAAUGAUGUCUUAACAUUUUGAGCUGUUCUAUCUAUAGGAUAAAUAAACUUGGUUCCCUUGAGGUGUUAUUUUGGAUAUAAAUUUUAAAACUGUCAGUAAUUGUCAAAUGUUGAGUUCACUAGCCAGCCAGUGUUCAUUUAUAUCCUUGAGCUUUUGGUAAAAACUUCCUGGUUUUAUUUUUAGCCAUAUGGGUCAUACAGCACUGAAAUCUGCCAUUUAUGGAAACUGACUUUUUUCUUUUUAAUCCAGGCCAACAUGCAUGUAAAGUUAUAUUCUUAGAAAACUGGCGAUCUCAUUGUAUUGCUCUAGAAUGGAUUAUAAGAUGUGCUUAUUGCUUUGGGAAGAGCUCAAGGAAGAAAAUAAUUCUCUGCUUUGUUCUGAAUCUCAAACUAGAUAAACCCUAGGAAUUGCUUUCCCACAAAACCUGAGGCAGCUCUUCUGCCCAGACCAUUCCCUGUAGCCUCCCAUCCCCACCUCCCAGUUCUUUAGAAGGAGCAUAUCCCUUGAUUCCUCCCUGAUACAGAAAACUGGCAUACUCUAUGGGUCUGUCAAAAAGAUACAGCAGUUAUGUUUAGAGAACCUUAAGUCAUACAGAUGUGACUGUUCUCUUUGUACAAGUGUGAAUCAAAAUAUAUAUCUUUCAGAGUCUGGUUAAGCUAUGUCAUUGUCUCCUGCAUAGUUUCCUGGACCUAUUUGUAAAGUUUUUAUGGCUAACAGUUCAGUUCUGUAUUUGUUGACAAAUUGUAGAUGUCUGCAACUGAGUUUAAAGCAACGUGACUGUGUUGCUUAAAUAUUAAGUAUUGUUUAUAACCACCAAAACAACCCUAGUAGCUUUUUGGCACCUUAUCUUUAAGUCAGAUUCUUAGAUUUGGGGUAGACCUGACCUUGUUAUUUAUCAAAUAACAUUUUGAGAUUUUGAAUGUAUUCAUUGACUUUCCAAUACGUAUUGUGAAUUUCUCAGAGCAGUAUAGAAGAGAUUUAUGCUGGAGCUCUGUUUCUGCUUAGUAAUAAAAUAUUUAAUAGUUUAUUUCUGCUAUAAUUAAAAUGUCAAGAAUGCCAAAUGCUGCCAAUUUAAUGGUUUGAUAGCUACCUCCUUUUAAGAAAGCCAGAUGGUCAUCUUUGAGAGGAACAUUCAGUGUCUCCCUUAUGUUAAAUAGAUGAUAGAUUCAAACUUUAAGAAUUGACAAAAGUGGAAUCUAAUUUGUUUAGAUAUUUUCAGACUGGAGAAUGUUGUUAGCACUUACAUAGUGGCAAAAGUAGUCUUUUCUUCUUUAACUUCUUUGCAAGACAGAUGAUAGCUAUCUACAAUACUCUUGGAAUCUGUUGUCAAAGUGGCCUCCAGUCUACAAGGCAGGUACCCUUAGGUGUUACGGCUUAAAUUGUCAAUUAACUGUGGAAGGAUACGAUGAUAUGAAAAGUGAGAUGGCAGCAAAGUUAUCUCUCCUUAGAGUUAUUUUUGGCUGUCCUACAUUGGGAUAAGUUGACAACUCUGGCUUUAGAUGAAAUAUUUAAUGUAACACUAGAGAGGAUAUAGUUUGACUAAAGAAGAAGAGGUAGCAAGUUUGGGAAUCUGCAAUUGUGGAGUCCAUUGAUUGUAGGAGAAAAAUCUGUUGCUAAAGGAUUUAGCAAGUAAUCCCAAACAAGAUUUGGGAUCUCUACUCCCAGUAAGUAUAAUGGCUGUUGACCCAUACUGUCCCAUGUGCCCUGGAUGAUACUGCCAUUUUAACCCUUUGCUUUCAAGGGCUUUACAACUGGUAUUUGGGAGGAUUUUUUUUUUAAUGAAAGAAUGGAAAUCAAAGGGAUAAUAGAAUUUGCUUUUAUAUUCUUAUUUUUGUAAAGCACCAUUUCUCCAAUUGUGAGGGGUGGAUCUUGAUUCUUGUGAGCACUCUGAGUCAAAAAUAUUUUUAGGUUUGGUCUGGAUGGAGUUAAGAAAGGCAAAAGUUUCAGAGGAGGAAUGAGGGGAGCAUCUAGGAAGGUUUUUUUCCUCCUUGCAAGGGAAUAGUGUUGCCUUCAAAACAAGUCAUGCUAGGCUGAAAUUUAUGGAAAAGACUGCUUGUUAGCAAGUAUAUUUGGUCUUAAGGGAAUACAAAUUAUGGAAUAUGCUGACAUUUGGGCUUCAGAGCAAGAAUUUUUAAAUACAUGUAAUGGAUAUAUUUGAGAUGUGUUCAGGAAUAGUGUUUCUGAAGUGGGAAUCAUAGGUUUUGAAACGUUAAACGCAGAAACGACAAUGAAAAAUCAAAGCCUAGACCUUAGGUCCUCAUUCCCACACAGUUCUCAAGAAUCACAUGGAGUGCUACAAAUACCUUGGCUUGUCUGUCCUGGACUGCCACCUUCUCAUCUUCUCAUGCUUUUGGAGACACUACCAAUAGCUCUGACUCCACAGCCCUAUUUUGUAUAAAGUAAUAUAUUGAUUAUUCAGGAAUAGACAAUACAUUUUUUAAUUACCCAAGAACUUCCUUUAUUCUGCAUCCAUUUUGCUGGUUUUCAGUAGAGGUAGUAAUGGGGCAGAGAAGAAAAGGGGUGAAUUUUUGGCUUUAGUCAAGUCAUACCACUACAAUGUAAUAUUGGAAUAUUUUCUAGAAAAGAGGUCACUGCCCAUGAUCUAUUACCUCACAAGUAAUUAGUGCUACCUAUUGUACUCAAAUGUAUAGCAUUUGAAACUUUGUGUAGAUGAAAAUUGCUCUACUCAGAGUUUUCAUUAAAAGACUGCCUAAUUUAUCAGUCAAUUGCCUACACUUCUAAACAGUAAGUGCCAGUGUCUCCUUCCUCCCUCUGAGUAAUAUAGAACUAGCUUUAUCAAAUGCCACGGUUAUAAACCCUGGAAAUUAAACUUAAGCACAGACCUUUAAGUGUUAACAUUUUUGAAAAUCCUCAGCCUGACUUCAGAUGAAUCACACUGAUGUAUUGUUGUACUAUGCAUAGAAAGUGAUGGAUGGCUUUCAGGGAAGACUAAUCUUAAUAAAGCAAUAUUUAGUAUUGAAGACAGACACUAUUCUUUUUAUUUUCAGAAUUCUGCCAAGUAAAACAAAAAUUUGCCAAUAAAAUAAUCAGUAUUUUUAAAAUGCCACGCAAGCUUCUGACUACAGAAUACAUCUGAAGCAUUCAUGCAGUAGACACGUCUGAUCAGGUGCUUUGCCAGAUGCCAGAGAGUCCCUGUCCUUAAGAGGCUUAUAGUCUAGAGGUGACAUGACAGAAUCCAUUAAUAUACCUGUUCAUUACGGGUUUACCUACACAUGUUAGGAUUGCUGCUGGUGGAAAUUGUAGAACCAGCCUGUAGGCAUGUUAAAGGGCAAAGUGUGGUUUACCUUUUUUGUUAACUAAGAAAUUGAGGUUUUCCAAAAGUGUAGUGUUGAUGGGUGCAACUAUUCAAGUGUACAAAGUAAUGGGAUGUUUUUCCUCUUCACUUUACCCCUGGAUAAAGGCACUUUCACUGCCUGCCACUGGUUAGCAGAUACUGAUUUGUUGCCAUUAAGUAAACUUGAGUUCUUAUGCGUGUGCUGUAAAGAUAUUUUGUAAUUUUUUUCUUGAAAUUGUGAUUUUUUUCAUUGACAAUAAUGACAAAUUUAAUGUAUGUAAUUGUCUAUGCAUUUUAAGUUAAACUGCCUAAAAUGUGAUUUGGGACACAUACAUUUGUAUUAUGAACUGUAAGCAAUCUGUUUGAGAUGUUAGGUUUUAUCACCUGCUGCUGUAUUUGUAAACAAAGACAAAUAUUGCUUUAAGAAGUAAUUAUAAUUAGGAAUAGGCUAUGGAUGUGAUACUUGAUAUUUUUUAAGAUAAACUUGUUUGCUUUUGUGUAUUAUACCUGAAAACUUUUUUUAAAAAAUGUAUUUUCAUGGUUUC